AUGGGUGUACAUAGAAUAACAAGCUUACUACAAAAGCAAGGAUGGGUACCCAUAAGUCCAGAAGAAGCAGAAGUUGAUUCUGCUUGUCGACUCUGGAAGGAUUGGAAUCCAUCCUUAUCCUUUUUGUAUCAUGGAUUGCCAAUCCAACGAAUCCCAGCACAAUCCUCCAUUUUGAUUGAUGGAAACGGCCUUGCUUUUUACCUAUUCAAGGUUUCCUAUGCUCGCUACCUCAAAUCGCUCUUUCCAGGUCAAAUGAACAGUGAUUCUUCGUUUCCACCAGUCAAGGCGCUGAAACCAACCGAUUUGAACAAAGCUCUUCCAUGCAUGAUGCCGCUGAAUCGGCUUGAAGAUGUCACACGAGAGUUUACAUCCCACCUGAGACUAUGUAACCUUCAAGUACAAGUCUUUUGGGAUGGACCGAAACGGCGGUUCAAGACGGUCACGACACAAAAACGAAUGAAACAACGACAGGAAGAGUGGUCCAACUUUCAGCAGUACUGUGACCAUGGAUCGUUACCAAACGAAAAAAGCAUCUUGAACUUUCUGCGGCACUUUCCAGUCCCUAGUCUAUUCAUGCAAUCCGUUCGAAAGACGCUGCAUCAAGAGCAUGUGGAUAUGAUCUACUGCCAUGAAGAAGCCGAUGUCGAACUUGCCCGAAAGGCAUCUGGGAAUUCCAAUGCAUUUGUGCUUGGGCAAGAUUCCGAUUUCUAUUUCUACAAGGACAUUCAAUAUAUUUCGUUCGAUUGCAUCUUUUCAGCAAAUGAUGCUAUCCAUGCCUGUGUUGGCCAGCGGAAAGAUUUGGCAAUGCUGCUUGGCAUUGAAGAUGAAGAAAUGACAGAACUCGCAAUCUUUCUCGGGAAUGAUUACAUUCAAUCAGUAAAGGUGCCCAAGAAAAAAGGAUCCGACCAAGGGGAUCCCCUAACUGUUGCUAAUUAUAUACGUGAACAAGAAGAGGGGUUCCUGGUGUCAUCCAAUGACUAUGAAAUCGAGUUGGCCUUUGUCCGAGCGUUGUACAAUUUGGAGGAGUUGGACUCCUUUCCACUUCAGGAUGCAUCAGACGUUGGACAGCUCAAAUCGGAAGAAGACGAAGAAAUGACUAAGCACCUAAAGAUUCACUUGCCGGCCGACUUAUUUGAUGUGGUUGACAAUGCGCUACAGGAAGGUCUCACGCUCAGUGAAACAGUCCGACGGUGUCUGUCGUUUUGUGCAGAACCGCCUGUGGGCGAAAUUGCAAUUCUUGCGCUGGAGCAUUUGGAUGCCUAUGACGAGCUUAUGUUACCGUCGACAAGCGCAUUAGCCAGCCAGCUGGAGCGUCCACCGCGUUGGGACAACGUCCGAGCAUCCUACAUGAUCGAAAAGUGUAUUUCGGUCAUCUUGAUGUCUCCACGAGCAUCACUGUUGGUCCGACUGACACAGCCUAGCACACUCUUCAGCCACUACAGGUUCCUCUGCAUCUUAACUUCCAAGGAACCCGAUGAAAGUGGCUACGAGAGUCCCCCAGAAGAUUCUGUUGAGAAGGAAGCAGAGGAGCCAAUGUUUGUGGAACGAAAAGUGUUACCCAUUGAUGCGCAUGAGGACAACAUCAUUCAGAAUAUUGCCAACAACCGCGUUACUAUUAUUCACGGAGAAACUGGCUGCGGAAAAAGUAGUCGGGUGCCCGUGAUGCUGCUGAAUGCACCUUCACCAGAACCGAGCUUGCCAAGCGUCAAGUUUUUCAUUUCUCAGCCGAGACGAAUUGCUGCUAAGGGUCUCGUGGAACGAGUGCGCAGUUGCGAACCUGAACAUCGUAACAAGUUUGCCAUUCGCAUGGGUCAUGGGUGGAGGGAGUACGAAACCCGCGAAACCCAAGCGUGGUUUGUAACGACAGGAUAUCUGACACGACUGCUGGCAAACCACCCAGAGAAAUUCGAUGACUGUACGCACUUGAUGAUUGACGAAGUUCAUGAGAGAUCAGUUGAUACAGACAUCUUGUGCCUUUUGUGCCGUCGCUUGCUCGAGAGAAACAAGACGAUCCGAUUAGUUUUGAUGAGUGCUACUCUUGCGACGAAGCUUUACAAAGAGUAUUUCAAGGUGCCCAAUGAUCCGAUUCAUGUUGGCGUCCGUACAUUCCCCAUCACGGAUUACUUUGUGGAAGAUUUGAACCGGUUCAAACUACCUCCGAGCGAGAUGAAGGCCGCAAAAGCAAUCGUUGAUGAAUGUCAGAAAAAGAAAUGCAAAUCUGCCCCAUCGGCAGCUGACUUAUCCAAACGCUUCUCAUUGGCAGCUCAUAUUGCCAAAACUGUUGGUAAACCGGGAACUUCCGUUCUCAUCUUUGUGCCAGGUAUGAAUGAGAUUGUUGCCAUCACCGAGUGCGUCGAAAAUUUUUUCGUGGCUGGAAUAAGAUAUUCGACUUGCCCCAUUCACUCCGAUAUUCCAUUCGAUGAACAAAUGGAAGCUUUCAACGAACCUGACGAAGAUGAAGUCAAAAUUAUCAUUGCCACGAAUGCGGCCGAGAGCUCUGUUACACUGCCAAAUGUGGAUCACGUCAUUUGCCUUGGGCUUUGUCGACAGAUCAUAUACAAUCCCGUUAGCCACCGUCAAAUGCUUGCGCCAAUGUGGAUAUCUCAAGCCAGUGCCAAGCAGAGGGCUGGCCGAACUGGUAGAGUGCGACCAGGAAAUGUGUAUCGCUUGUACACAAGACAAGUCUUCGAAAACUUCAUGGACGAGUUCGAUCCAGGUGAAAUCAGCCGGGUUCCGCUCGAUUCCAUCAUCUUAAUGCUGAAGGAAAUGCUCCAUGAGGAGGUCAUCCCUGUCUUGGGCAACUGUAUCGAGCCACCGAGUAUGGAUACAAUCGACCGUUCGUUUGAGAGCUUACAUCGGUCGAACUUCAUCGAGGAGCCGAACGAUGUAGCGGACAUUACUUCUCUGGGAUCAUUCGUGUCCUCGUUGGGCAUCGACUUGGCACUGGGUUCACUUAUUGGUCUUGGUAUUCAGUUUGGAGUUGCGUCGGAAGCAAUCGAAAUGGCAGCGAUGAUGUCUUUUCCCAAGACGCCAUUUCAAAUCACGAACACUUUGUUUCACGACCCAUCAGCGUUCAAUGAAAUCACCUCGACUGGAUACGUGGCAAGAUGUCAUUUCGACGCGAAUCUGUACUCAGAACCAAUGUCGUUGAUGAAUGCACUGUAUGACUACGAUAUGGCACCUGAUAAAUCAAAGUGGUGCCUUCAUUACCGCAUUGCUAUUGCUCGAAUGAAGCAGCUUGCAAGCACUCGAAACAGUUUGCGGACCCGAGUAGCGAGGUACUUUGGUAUCAACGAAGAAGUUUUAUUUCCUGAGAGUCCACCAGUAUUGAUGCCUCACGCAAAGAUCAACAUUCUACGAAUCCUCCAAGUCUGGGUAUUUUCAGAUACAAUUGUUGAAACAUGGCCUAGCAAAUCAAAUCGACUGGGUGACGAUGGCUCUCUGGCACUUAACAUCCCGAAGGGAAAGAAUCAGAAUAUUGAAGAGAUUCACUUGGAGCAAGUCCUCAAUCCCGAAAGGCACCCACAUGAUAUCAUUCGCUUCAUUGAUUUGGAACAGAUGGGCCACUUUGAAUAUGAAGGAGGGUUCGAUUUGAAUGGUUUCAUGCCAGAAUUUCAGAAGAAGCUUGUUUCGUACAUGAUUGAGAUGAAUGUUGACCUUGUCUGUUGCUACAGCGACAAAGAUCUUUUCUUAUUCAGGAGCUCUGAGAAGAUGUACGACGAAAUAAGUGACUCGAUAUUUGAAGGCUUUGAACAGUAUGUCAAGAAGGACCACAUUAUUGCCGAACACGACAUUCGGAUCAAACGUCAAGGAUCGAUGGAAAGAAAGUGCGGUGCUUGGACGAUUGACUUUGGAAGUGAGAGCGCGGUGAGAGCAAAAGGACCAGAUGUGAAGCAAAAGAUUUACCAAAGGCUUCAUUUACGAGGGCCUUCCAAGGACUUUGCAGAAUCGGUUUUGGACAUAUUGGAUUACAAUAUGAAACGCGGCGACGUUCUGUCUUUCUUUUACUGGGGCUUCCUAGCUGGAAAAGGGAAGAAGAAGAAGAAAAGGACAGCGCAACCAACAGAGCAGACCUUUUCAUUGAUUGCUCGAGGGGCAUGCCAAGCCAUCUCGAAACGUGACCUGCAAGAUCUUCUAGGCAGUCCUGAUAUCUUCAUGAUCGUCCGAGCUGACAGCACAACAAAGAUUUGCUUUCAUGAACAAGAGAACCAGCCAUAUCUGUACAAGGGGCGUGGAAAGGAUCUUUUUGCGACGCCAUGCACCACUGCUGAAUCGAGUUGGAAGCGCCCUCUCUUGAAGGAUACUCCGGAGGGUGCACGUCUUCUUGCUGUACUAGCAUCGGGUCAACGGCGCGGAGGGCACAGGUUGCGAUUCACAAAGCUGAGUCCAGAUGGAAAGAAAAUGAGCAAGGAUCCAGAGGAUACUGAUGAUUUCCAGCUUGACCGUGCACAAACAGACCUGACAAGGCGUUGGGAACGGCUGGGAAUGACUGGGCCAGUGUUUGUACAGGAGAACACAGUGUCGGCGUCGGCAAGCAAUAGUACUGGACCGCUCUAUGCCUGUUGCUCAAAUGCACUUGAAAUCAAGGGGGGUAUGCUCAAAGUCGAAGGAAUGACAUUGCUCCCACCGAAUCCAAUCUUCCUAUUGUUAUCAAUGCUGACUUUUGGACUACGACCAAAUCAGCAAGUGACAUGGGGCGGCAUGCAGACUGCGGGCAGCAAAGACCCUGGUGUAGUGGACAAGAGACAAUUCAAUGCCGCUCUCCGAUGGUUGCAAGAUCAAAAGCAGCUACUUUCCGAUCGUGGAGUUCAAAAUCCAAAUUUUGAGUUCGAUGGCGGUCGUUCGAAGGAUCUCAUCGCUACCGCCAUUGCUUUCCACAACGCUAGUGAUCACAUGGGCGAAACACUUCAUUGCUUUCCAGAUAUGAUUUUGUCACUGUGCAACCUCUUUUCCUAUGUCGACGAGUACGAAAUGACUGUUUGGGAAUCGCUUGGUGACAAGGCUUUUACGGAAGAUAAUCUUACCAAAUGGCGCCGCGAAGCCAAGCAGCGCACGACAGAACGUAAAGAGGCAAGAACACCUGGUAGAAGUAGCAGCAAAAGGGCUGUUACUCCCAGCCGAACCAAGAGCCCGAAAACACCCAAUCGUCAGAAUGGAACGCCAAAGAGGAAUGCUACGACCCCUACCAGAAAUAAUGUGACUGGAAAUGCUACUCCAAGAAAAACACCGCAGGCAACCCCCAAGACACCAAAUCGCUCCAAUACGACUCCAGCGUCAAAGAGCUCCACUCCCAAGAGAGGAGAAAUAUCGGAAAUUCCAAGUUCGCCACCCCCUAGCGACAAGAAGGAGAAAUCCAAUGCAAAGCUUCAGAAUUACAUUGUGUUUGACAAUAACAUUAUUUCAGACUCUUCCCAAUGGUUUGCUACAACACAAACCGGAGCUCUUGGAGCGGGCGACUUUCCAUCCACCAAUAUUCUGGCUCUAGUUCAUCAGACCUUUGUCCAAGAAGGUCUUGCUGGUGGUGGUGAUGAUGGAAAUGGUGAAUCCAAACCCAGCACUAUUUCUUUGGAUAAUCCCAAGGAUUGGGAAAUAUAUUCCUAUACCAACAGCAAAGGAAAAACCGUGUAUCAAGCUCGCUUUGUCAAGAAUGUGAUUCCCAUCCUACCAUUGAAUGGCCGCGGCAAGAACAGCCUUCCCAAGUGGAUGCGCCGUCAUAUGCGUCCUACUUCCGCUCCUGACGAGCACAAGUGCCUCCCACCUCAGGUUCCUCAUCCAAAGACCAGCGUCGUUCCAUUGGCCAACAAUCAAAAGGUACUAAUGUACGAAAGUAUUGAAUUGGCUGUGAAAAUGGAAGCUGCCUUUUGGUUGGACCGGCAGUUCUGCGUCCAUUACAAGACGGGAAGGCGGCAUUGGUACCAACACGAUGUGGCACAGAUGAUGGCGGCGCUACGAAUGAAUGAAGAAGUCGAAAUCGAAGCCUAA